AUGUGUGGACUCGGAGAUGACCGAAUCAGGUUUCAGGCUGUCUGGUGCCGAAGAGGCUGCUUUGUUGGACAGUUAUUCUUCUUGGUAAAGAAGAAUCCUGCAGAUCGUCAGCCACAGCGAGGUGUGGAGUACGCUAUCCUCCACUCUCCCGAAGAGGGUCGACGACAAUCAAAUGGCAACGAUGGCGGUAGUAUUCCCCACGAUCGGCCAUUACCCUCCACUUUACCCUUGCUGGUGAGGCAAAUGCCAAGACUUCGACCCCCACGUCGAACACACCCGAAGCUCGGCUACAGCAAUGUUGGCAGGAUGUGGCGCAUCGAACGCAUCUUCUUCAUCAUGACAUAUGACCAGCUGAGGCAGCAGCUAUAA